AAAGCACGAAAUAAAUAGCAAAACCAUUAAUUUAGCGUUCUCUGUUUUGUAGUGUGCACUUUGGCUCUGUUGUUGCUUUGUAAUUUGAUCUUUGAUCCCAACAAUUGUAGUAAAGCUAAACGAAAUGUCAAGUCACAGUGCUUCAUCCUCAAGUGACAUUUCAGUCGACUUAACCGAUGCCUUUCGAAGUAUGAUACUGAACAAGCGUUUCGUGUUGUGGGAUGAUUUUGAAAGCGCCUUAAAAGAGUUCCAAAAAGUAUGGAACUAUAAUUUUAUCGCUUCUCAGACUACUUAUACUCGUUACAUCCACACAGAAAGCAGAUUGCUGAAGGAUGUCAGGUUCAAAUACCUGUUUGUAUCGUUUAAUUGUACGUUUGGUCACAAACGGAAAUCGGAAGGUUUGAAAGUGAGGCAAAAAUCGUCUAAAUUCCGUAAUUGUCAAUCUAAAUUCCGUGUAAGACUAGAAGAGCAAGGAUAUGUAAUCAAAUCCUACAAGAUGAUACACAAUCAUCCAUGUAGUAGUUCAUGGAUGGUAUGUGAUCCAUGGACAAGGAGAUUAUCGUCAGAAGAAAAAGAGAACUCGAAGCCCGUAAUACUUCACUGUGAGUCAGCAGACGAAGUUAUCGAAAGUAAAAGAAGAAAUCUUACAGCUCAUCAACUUCUUAGGUAUUGUAGCAGAUGGAAGUUACACAAUACCCAGAACUUCCAAAAUUAUACAUUACCUGCAUUACCACGACGGAGUGAAGUGUAUGUAAGUAUUCAACGAAGCCAAAGAAUCCAUAAACAUCGCAUCAUUGAGAAGUAUGGUGAACGUUUUGCAACGGAAGUUGAGAAGAAAGUGGACAAUUAUUACUUAAGAAUUCUUAAUACCAACUUGUAAACUUGAUUUUCUGCUUUUGCAGC